UUUCCCUCGUUCACCCCAUUUCUGGCUUCCGUUAUUUUUAUUUUUAUUUUUUGUGCAGUUCAGCAGCUUCCUUCCUUCUUUGCUCUUCUCUCUCUCUCUUUGAGUCGCCUCUAAUUCCUCGCCGAUUUUAUUCGAUCCGUCGUACGCCGGCGCCGUCGUUUUAGUCCCCGACAAUCACUCUCUCACAGAUCUGCUGCGUUGCGUCGCUUUCAGGUAUGCCGUUUGUUGUUUGGCUUCCGCGAAAUCACUACCAGCCAGAGAUUUUUUUUUUUUUGUGAAAUACAAAAAAGUAGAAUCUCAGACGCUGAGCAGCAGUUUCUCGAUGUUCUAUUUGCUUUGAUUGGUAGUUGUUUCGGUGGGGAAAGGUCUCCAAUUGUCGAUCAUCUCAAUUCGAAGUUGAAGCCAUGGCUUCGCUUGUUUGAUUGGAUUUGCUUCUUUGUUUGUUUUGCUGUUUUCUUGAAUGGUUAGAGUACGGCGAGUGCAGAAGAAGCGGCGCCAUUGAUGAUACCUUUUCGUUUCCCCCCAAUCCGUUUAGUGUAGAUCUCGCCGAGUAGAUCCGGCUUGUUAGUGGCGGAUGACUGGUGAAUUUCUUUUUUUUUUUUUUUGAGCAAAUUGUAACUCUUUGCUGUUUGUUUCUAUCUGAUUUCCCCCGUUUUUCUAUCCUUGCUUUCUGGGUUCGCGUGUGGAUCAGCUUGAUGGAGUCUUUUUUCCUUUUCUUUCUUUUUGCUGUGAUGUUUGUUAAUGGCUUUUUCCGUGGAGGGAGUGGGGGGAAAAUGGAUUCGUGAAACCUGUUUGGUAAGAGUAUUCAAUGGUGAUGUUUGGUAGUUUCCAGCAUUGCAUGAUCGAUCACUUUCCUUCCUCUCAUCCUUUUGUCGGGUCUAUUUCUCUUGGGUUUAACUCGUGAAAGAGAUCACGUCUUCUUCACAUGAUCUUUGAAAGGGCGGAAAAAGGUAACUUUGUGUCUAUAAUUGGGAAAGAAGGGAAGUGUCAACUCAUCAAAAGCUAAUGCUGACAGCUACUGUAAGAAUUAUAGAAGAAAAUUCUUUGGCCGCUUUGUCUUUUCAUGUUAGCUCAUCCUGUCGUUUUUCUUCAGUGGGUUACAACAUAAAAUUCUUCUUCUGGGGUUGGUUGGUUGAUAGGUUAUACAAUUCAUGGAAGUAGGAAAAUUUCUUUCUCUGUUACGUUAAAUAUGGUAGAUUCUCUUGUCACAGAGCUGUGGUAAACUGGCUGACACUGAGAUAAUGAUGUUUGCAGGCACGAGGGUGAAAGAGGUGGGUACAAAAGAAUGUAAAUUUGGGCGCCCCAGAUGAUUAGGACAAAUGUUAUUUGCAGUGGAAGGAGGAGGAUUCUUCUCAUCUUCAGCUUCAGGGUAUAGUAAGGGACUGACCCUACUUCUCUUGGGUCAUCAGAAGCAAGAAGAGAGCAAACCCAUGAGAGUAGCGCCGUGGAAUCAGUACCAGUUGGUAGACCAAGGAAAACCAGACCCUGAUCUCCAGCUGGCUUCCCUCAAGAAUCGAGUUUCCCGCGGCUGCGCCGCUUCCUUGGUCUGCUUUGGUCACGCUUCCGCAGGAGUCGAUUCCUCCUCCCCUUCUUCGCAUCCGAAAGUAGGUCCUGCCCAGCACCAGGAUGCGUUGCCAGUAGAUGAUCUUAAAGAAGAUAUAACAAUAGCUGAGAUUGAAGAUGAUAAGAAUGCAUCUAAAGCAGCUUCACUAAAGAGCAGCUUGAAGAAGUCGUCGUUAAAUCACGUUUCUGUUCCUGUAGAGGAUGCGGGUGAACAUGCUGUGUUGAACGAGCAGGUUAGCGAAAGCCCUGGCCACAAUGGUAGAAGAAAAGUGCAGUGGACAGAUGCUUGUGGUAGUGAGCUUGCUGAAAUUAGGGAAUUUGAGCCGAGUGAACUGGGCUUAUCUGAUGACGAAUUCGACAAUGGCCGGGAAAGACGUUGUUCAUGCAAUAUUAUGUGAUAGAGAUUCAACUGGGGCCUAAAAUGAUCACAGCUUGCUUUGGAGAUGACAAAAGGCAAAGCAGAAGUGUGAAGCUUUUUUUGCUGAACUUAUGACAGGGGAGGCACCUUGUCUGUACAUUUUCUGCUAACUGAGGUGUAUCUCUGCUGCUGUUCGUGAAGAAGGAAAGGGCAGUGAGAGUCGUUUAGAUGGGGAAUGAAUGCUUGGCGCGGAAGAAAAGAACUCGGUUCCUGUUUUUCGAUUCGAGCCUCUUUGGGGGAAUUUGAUCAUUUUUCAACCAUUUUUUCCCUUUUGUAUUCAAUUUUUUUUUUGCUGGGUUAGAGAAGGGGAAAGAAGAAGAAAAGAAUGUGGUUAAAUUUUGCUGGUCUUCUUACUUAUUCUUAGUUUGUUGUCCUUGUGACGAUACUCCGAUUCGGUUCCGGAUUCCUGGUGGUGUCAAUUGUAUGUGUUUUGGUUUCUUAUUCAUCCAAUGUUUACGGAUUCAUAUCGUACUUAGAUACAAAUUUACGAAUUUGAGACCUCGAGAUUCAAAACCAGCUUCUUUACAUCAAGUUCUCAAACUGUGAAAUAAUGCAGACGUCAAACG